AUGCUAACAGAUAGUCCAUCUUAUAAACGUUCCAAUAAGGAGAACUCUCCAAAAUACUGCUCUGUUAUCAGAUAAAGCAAUAUAUCUCAUAAGCUUAUCAAUGAAGUCUUAAACAUCGGAUCUGAUUAUCUCCAGGAUCAAUUGGAGUAAAUAGAUCGUAAAAUAAUUCAAUACCAAUGUAACAUCAAGUAGAAGAUAACAACUCUACUUGGUGAAUCAACAUGUUCCAUUGACUAAUAGAUAUAUCAAAACAAACUACAAGAUUUACGAAUGGAAGAACAAAAGUACUAUAAACAAAUAAUUUAGUUAUCAGUAAAUGCAAAGUGAUAUUGAUAAAUAAUAAUCUGUACUUUAUGACUAUUACGAAACUGAAUUCAAUAAACUCAAAUUACAAUAUGAAGUGGCUACAUAAGAACAUCAGUAAUUCAUUAAAGAAAGAAGUGAAGUUCAUCAAACCUAUAAUUAAAUCUUGGAAACCAAAGCCAUGUUAUAAGAAGAUUUGAAUGGGAAGCUCCUCCAACGAGCAGAGUUGGUUGGUUAGAAAGAGGAAUUAGAAGAGUUUGUAGAACAACUCAAAAAUGAGCAUCCUUAACUUACUGAAAUUGUUGAAUCAAUUUAUUAAUGUGAUCAAAAAGCCAAAGAUAUUGUUAAAAAUAUUAAUAAUAUUACAAAUCAGAUUUAAUUAUUAUAUUGUUAACAAGAUGAGAAAAAGAAAUAACUAGCUUCAUUUCAUUAAACCACUUUACUUGAAGUUUAGGUACAUCAAUAAACCCAAAAAGUUAAAUCUUUAAGAAAUAAGAUUGUACCUAUCUAAAAAAGCCUGAAUCUACAGCAUCCAGAUUCUAUUCUUAAUGAAUUUGUUUUGUAUUAUGGAAAUUCACCCAUUUAACUGGAGUCUAUAGAAUUUUAAUCCAAAUUGUCUACUUUUAUACAGCAAUUUCGAAAUAACCUAUUUAAAUAAGGGAACUAAGGAAAUAACUGGGGAAGUAUGAAGGAAUUUGUUUUCUAAUUGGAGCAAUUCAUUUUAGCUUCUUUAUCACAAAGAUUAAUUUAAUUUUAGCUAUCUGUAAUAAUUAUUUACUUAUAUAGGAUUUGAAACAUAGCUUGAAACAAUUUGGAGAUGAGCUGUUAUUAUCUAAUGAAGUUUGCACUAUUGAUUAUUAAGUAGAAGUGAAAAAACAAUAAAUAAGAGAAUUAGAAGAUGAAAAGUCUUCAACCUUAUAUAGAAGAGAAAUGUAUAUCUGUCUUUCAUUAAUAGAUUAUAUGAUUAAUUUUAAGACAGGAUUAGUUAAUAAAGCGAUGCUGCUUUUCAAUAGUAUCAGGAUUAGAAUGAAGAAGAGCUUAAUAAUAUUUUAACUUAAUUUGGUAAUUCAGAAUAUAAGUCAAUUCUUGAUUAGACUAUGAAGGAGAUGAAGUAGUUAAUGCAGGAUUAAGAAGAAGUAAAAUCCAUUUUAAUAUUUUAGGAAUAAUUUAAUAAUACUUAUAAGCUACUCUAAUAAUAUUAUCUUUAAGAUUUAGCCAUUAAGACUAAUAUCCAAAUUGUAGACUAAGAAAUAAUUCCACAAUUAAAGAAUAUUUCAUAAUCAAUAAUUAAUGCAAAGAAAGAGUUCGAAAAAGCUAGUGGAAGCGAAAGACCUUUCGUUGAACGUUAAAAUAAAAUAGAAUAUGAAAUUGAAUAAUUAGAAUAAGAAUUCAAGAAGAAAAUAGAUCAUUUUAAUAAUUAGGAGACAGAAUUAUAAAAAUACUUAGGUUCAAUAAAGUUAGCGAUUGAGAACACUUAAGAGUAAUUAUUGUCUAAAAAUAAACCUAAUAAGGCAUUGUUGGAGUAAGAAAUAUUACAACUCAACAAUAUGUUGACUUAAUUAUAAGAACAAAAAAAAUAGAUUGAAGCUUCAUAAUUUAGCAAAUCUCCUCAAAAGACUGAUGCAAGUAGAAGAAGUUCUAAUGGAGGUAUUUUAGCAAUUUCAAAAUCUUUAAACCAAUUUUAGAAAUUGCGCAAAGAGCCAACACCAAAUAGUUUUAACAACAGUGUGGUAAAAGGUAUAACACCUUCAAAAGAAUCCUCGAAUUUGUAUCAUGUUGCUAAAUAUCCGAAGCCAAAUUGCAAAUCAUCAUAAGAAUUACGUCUAAAAUCCAAUAUUUCCUUAAAAUCAAUAAAAUGA